CUAAGCUUCCGUACCUUUAACCUCUCGUUGCCGAGUGGCGCGUCGGUGAUCCCCUGACCCUAAUCGCCUCUCGCUGGAGGUUCUCGCCACCGCCGCCCGCAGGAGAGAGAUCGAGCGAGAAAAGAAGGCAUCAGCCGCUUUCAUUCUGCACACUGCCACACUAUCUGCACCUAUGAGAGGGAAUCAGGGAAGUUGGGAUAAUUAAAGAAGAGAGGGCCCUCCGUCACGCCCCCUCGUGCCGGCAGUUACGCUGCCUGACCACCCUCCAUUUUCUGUCAAUACUCAUCGUCGCUUCCUGCUGUGAAUCCAUUACCAUGUGCUGAAAUUUUGAGAUUUGCAAAUGGUUGCCAUCUAUGCUAUGUUUCAGCACGCCUCAAGGAAAUACCACUGGCUAUUGUUGAUGAAACUUACCUGAUCUUGGUUUACUUGCACUUCAAGUAAUCAAAACUAUGGGAGUUAAUGAAGUGUCUGCUGAUCAUGUCAUAUCUGAACUGCUUGAUAUGGGUUUUGAGUUUGAUAAAGCAAUUGAAGCUUUGGAAGCUGUUGGUCCAGUUCUCAAUGAUGCUGUGGACUUCAUUUUGAAUGAUUCUUGCAACAAAAAUACAUAUGGGAAGUCUCAACAUGUCUUCACCUAUUCCAAUACUCAAAACUGUUCCUCGCAGGAAGAUGCAAAAAUGUCACAAUCACUGAGGUGGAUGAAGCAAUCCCACAUCACAGAUCAUCUCCCAUCAUUUUCUGGAGGCAAAAGGGACAUUUCUGCAAGUUCAUCUAAGCAUUCAUUUCCCAGCAUAAAGAAAGCCAUUUUGGACGAACACAUUACUGUUGAUGGAAUCAAUCAACUCAAAUUUGAAACUUUCCCAUCUUGGAUGGAUUGUCAUUCUGAUAUACAUGGAAGCUUCCAGUAUCAGCAAGUUCCAUUCUUUAAUAACUCAGAUGGUCAUGCCAUGAUGGUAGACUGGGAGCAAAAAGCUAAUUUUGCUUUGCGAAAGCAUUUUGGAUUUUCAUCCUUGAAGGGCUUUCAGAAGGAAGCCAUCAAAGCAUGGUUAGAACACAAGGACUGUCUCAUCCUUGCUGCUACUGGCGCAGGGAAAUCCCUUUGUUUUCAGAUUCCAGCAUUAUUAUCUGGGAAGAUUGUAGUUGUCAUUUCACCUUUGAUAAGUUUGAUGCAUGAUCAAUGUUCAAAACUUGAAAAAAAUGGGAUACCAGCAUGCUUUCUAGGAUCUGGACAACCUGACAGUACAGUUGAGCGGAAAGCUCUGAAUGGGGUGUACAGAAUAGUUUAUGCUUGUCCAGAGACAGUCUUAAGACUUAUAGUGCCACUUAUGAAUCUUGCAGAAAAGAAUAUGAUAGCACUCUUUGCCAUUGAUGAAGUUCAUUGUGUUUCUAAGUGGGGACAUGACUUCCGCCCUGAUUACAGGUGUUUGUCCGUGCUAAGAGAAAACUUUAGCGUCUCUCAUAUCAAGUCGCUGAGGUUUGAUAUUCCAUUGAUGGCAUUAACUGCUACUGCAACUCUUAGUGUUCGAGAAGACGUUAUGAAGUCACUGCUCAUGUCUAAAGAAACAAAAGUUGUUCUGACAACUUUCUUCAGACCUAACCUGCGGUUUUCUGUGAAACAUAGCAGGACAUCCUUUGCUUCAUCAUAUAAUAGAGACUUCCACGAUCUAGUAAAUUUUUAUGCUGCAUCAAGGAUGAAUAAUAGUAAAGGGAAGAACAAGAUCUUUAAUAAUCGGGAGAAUAACAUUAGUUGCUCCAGUAGUUCUUUGGAUUCUUCUUCUGAUGAAGAUGAUGAAGAUGACACAUCAGAAUCAGAUAGUUAUUGCAGUGACGACGCUCAUUCUUGUGCAAGUUCAUCAGAUGAAGAUUGUGCUCAUCCUUGUGGGGACCAGUUAACAGUUGAUUUUCUUGAAGAUGAGUUCGAUACACAUUAUUGUGCAGAUGAUUUGGAUGUUUCAUGUGCUGAGUUUCUUGGUGUUUGUCCACAUAAGAGCAUGGAGCUUUGUGGGAUAACACAAGCGCCUGAUAACCUUGAAUCCUUAGGACACGGUCCUACAAUUAUAUAUGUGCCUACAAGGAAUGAAACAACAAAAUUAGCUGAGUUUUUCUGCAGAUCUGGUGUUAAGGCUGCUGCAUAUCACGCGAAGCUUCCGAAGGCCCAUCUGAGAAGUGUCCACGAAGGGUUCCACCAAAACCUAAUAGAGGUAAUUGUUGCAACAAUUGCUUUUGGAAUGGGGAUUGACAAGUCAAAUAUUCGAAGAGUUAUUCAUUAUGGUUGGCCUCAGAGCUUGGAAGCAUAUUAUCAGGAGGCUGGCAGAGCUGGACGAGAUGGGAAGCUAUCUGAUUGCAUUUUAUAUGCUGACUUUUAUAAGUGUCCCACACUUCUUCCAAGUCGGAGAACUGAAGAACGAACAAGACAUGCAUACAAAAUGUUAUCGGACUGCUUUCGAUAUGGAAUGAAUACUGCAACAUGCCGUGCCAAAACACUUGUUAAGUAUUUUGGAGAGGAGUUCGACGAAGACGGUUGUCACUUAUGUGAUAUUUGCGUAAGUGGGCCUUCCCCAAAGCAAAGUUUGACUGCUGAAGUGAAAGCUUUCCUGCAUACUCUCCAGACCCAAUGUGCAUAUAUGGUAUGUAACCUUCUUUCCUUUGUACUACGUUUUGGAACAUUUUUUGCUCAUCAAAAAAGCGGCGAGAGAUAUUCACAGUUUGAUGGCGAACUUCUAAUCUUCUCUGAUCUCCUUUUUAAUGCCAAUAAAUGCAACUUUACAUGGGAAAUAUGGUCAAUCGUUCUAAUGUGUGCUGUAUUGCCAGUUUUACUGGAUUCUCUAUUUCUACGAUUCCACUUAAAUAUCUGGAGAUGUGAUAUUUGCGUAAGUGGGCCUUCCCCAAAGCAAAGUUUGACUGCUGAAGUGAAAGCUUUCCUGCAUACUCUCCAGACCCAAUGUGCAUAUAUGGAUGAAACAAGUUUUGGAUAUGCUUCUCAUUUUGAUGCGAUAUAUGGUGAAUUCAGUAGAAAGAAGCUCUUAGAGAGACCCAAUUUCCGGGAUGUGCUCAAUAGACUAAGGGAACAGUAUCCAAAAUUUGGUUCAAGUGAUAGAUUAUGGUGGAGGGGUCUUUCACGUAUACUAGAAGAUAUGGGAUUUAUUAAAGAGGCUGAUGAUCAGGUUCGUGUCUCAAUCAAAUUUCCACAGCUGACCAUGUUGGGGAUGAAGUUUCUGAAUUUCGAUGCAGAAGGCAGUUUUUAUGCUCAUCCUUAUGCAGACAUGUUAGUAUCAUCUAAAAAUGAAAAGCCAUAUUCUAGCUUCUCUGAGUGGGGGAAAGGUUGGGCUGAUCCUGAAAUUAGACGCCAGCGUCUUGAAGGAAGUAAAUGCAAGGCAAGGAAAACUAGGACGAGGAAAAGGAAGAGUAGGACAAUUAAAACAAUGAAAUCAAAGAGAAAACGCCGUGAUCUAAGCACAGUAAGGGGAAGGUUGGCUGCAAAGUUAUCUAAUUUCAAAUGACUGCAACUUUAAUUCAGAAAUUUUCCAUGAUAACAUUUUUCUGGAGGCUUGGAGGGGAGCCGCUGAAAUUUCAAAUCGCCAGGUUACAUAAGCAUACUAUAUUUGCCUGAAUAGUUUAUUGGGUUAAGUAAUCUUCAAACAGUUAAAGAAAUAUCAUUUCUAUUUGUAAUCAUUUUUUUAUAUUACAUUUAUCUUCUUAUAUCUUUAAUAAGCUGUUAUUUAUGUAUAGGUUGUCAUACGAUUCCUGUAAUACUGAUUACUAUUCAAUUAUAUAUAUAUAUA